CUUGUCCGCGGCGUUUAGAGGAGCGGAGCUGGAGCCCCUCCGCGGUGCAGCUGCGCCCUCGCCCCGCGCGCGCGCUCUGUCCGGGUGGCGCUCCUUGCGCACGAGCCCAGCCUGGCCCGCAGCGGGUUGCACGCUUGGACGCCUCCGCUCGGGACGGGGAGGAUGUUCCCCACAGCGGUGCAGCUACUCCGGAGUGCUGGAAGGAGAUGGCAGCCCUCGCCGCCGCCCCGGAUGCUUCUGGCCUCUCUGGUGGGCGCAGGAGGCAGGGAAACCCGAAGGAGCUCUUUCUUCCCGGGCCACCAGCCGCAGAUGCUGUGUGUGAUAGAAACUGGAAACCUAAGACAUCACUGGAGGUCGCUUUGUAGCUCCCUCGUGCCAUCUGAUGAAGUCUCCGUUGAUUAUAAACACGGGUUGCCAGUGAUAACCCUUACGUUACCCUCUAGAAAGGAACGCUGUCAGUUUACUGUGAAGCCAAUGCUAAUGACUGUUGGAGACUUCAUGCGGAACAUACAACAGGAGGAUAAAGUCAUUGAAGAGAUAAAAGUCUUCACAACAGACGGCAGUGCGGUCUCAGCUUCAACACGGAUGGAACUUCUGUUGAUGAAUGACUUUAACCUUGUCAUCAAUGGUACAGAAUACAGAGUACACCCCCCACCGAAAGAUAAAGAAAGCACUGAACAUGCUACAGAUAUGGAUGAUGUAAAGUCUUUGGUCCAUAGAUUAUUCACAGCUCUUAAUUUAGAAGACCAUCAGACAAGAAAAGAGAGAGAAUUGUUGCAGAAAAUGGAACUUCUAAAAGAGGAACUGUUGCCUUUAGAGCAGUUAAAAGUGAGGCUCACUGCAGAGGCUGAUGUCAAGACUUCUCGUCUUCUAUGGACUGGCUUAGCCUUAAUGUCUACUCAAGGCGGAGCUCUAGCUUGGCUUACUUGGUGGGUCUAUUCAUGGGAUAUAAUGGAGCCUGUCACUUACUUUAUCACCUAUGGAAGCGCCAUGGCAUUCUAUGGUUACUAUGUACUUACUAAACAGGAUUAUGUUUACCCAGUUGCUCAAGACAGACAAUUCCUCCACUACUUCCACAGAAAAUCCAAAAGCCAUAAUUUCAAUGUGGAUCAAUACAACAAGUUAAAAGAUGAUCUUGCAGAGGUAGAAGAGUCCUUGAAACGGCUGAAGAACCCUUUACAACUGCGUCUUCCAAUUCAAGAAAUAAACGACAAGCACUAAUCUUUUAUAUACUUGAAAAUGUUUUAGAGCCAGUGAAUUGCCUCAAAUGUUUAGGAACUAUACAUUUUGGACCUAGAUGAGAGAGGGGAUCUAUGAUGCCUGGUUAAAACUAUUUCUGACAACUGGCAUUUCUUUUUCACAUUACAAAGAAAUCCUUUCAGAUUCUCCGUGUAUAUACAUAUAAGUGCAUAUACAAUUUGUUGGCGCUGCAAAAUAAAAACGGAACAAAUAGUAGCUAGUGUUGGAUCAAAGCAAGAGACAAAAUUCUGUGGGGUUCUUAUUUAAAGGUUUAUUUUACUUCGGGGCCAUUUCAAAAUAACUUACAUAAUGUAGUUUUCUAAUUGUCAAUACCUGUUUUGUAUGGAUAUCAGUUCUGAGCUACAAAACAUCUAUUAAACAAUCAAAAGUC